CUUCGUUCAUUCCAGGAAAUUUAAAAGGCAGAAAUGAACGUAGAAAAUCUCCAUCUUCGUUAUUCUUCUUCAUCUAGCCUCAACACUAGAUCACAUUGCUCCGUUAACGAACUCCAAUUUGAAAACAUGGAAAUGAAAGACGACAAUAAAAUUACUGACAUGAAGAAAAGACCGCCCUCAGAAUUCGGUGAUUCAGGGUGGUUGAGCAAUACAUUUUUCAUGAGAUUGACGGCUAGGGAUGUAUUCGGUGUGGUGAAGUACCAUCCUAUACCGUGCAUCUUCGCUACCACGUUGUUCUUCUUCAUGGGCGUGGAAUACACUCUUCAUAUGGUUCCAUCUUCGUCCCCGCCUUUCGAUCUGGGAUUCAUUGCUACGCGUCCCCUGCAUCGUUUGCUUGAUUCGAAACCCGCUCUCAACACUGUUCUUGCUGGCCUUAAUACGGGGUUUGUUGGGAUGCAAAUGGUGUACAUAGUAUGGGCUUUCUUAAUUGAAGGGCGACCAAGAGCGACUAUUGCAACUCUGUUCAUGUUUACAUGUAGAGGUAUUCUUGGAUAUUCUACGCAGCUGCCAUUACCAGAGGAUUUCCUGGGGUCGGGAGCUGAUUUUCCAGUAGGAAAUGUGUCGUUUUUCUUGUUCUAUUCGGGGCAUGUUGCAGCAUCAGUGAUUGCAUCGCUGGAUAUGAAACGUAUGCAGAGAUGGAAAUUGUCUUAUUUAUUUGACACCUUGAACGUAUUGCAGACGGUGAGAUUGUUGAGUACAAGGGGCCAUUACACUAUUGAUUUGGCUGUUGGAGUUGGUGCUGGAAUUUUGUUUGAUUCUCUGUCUGGAAAAUAUGAGGAGAAUAAGAAAAAGGAAUUGCUUGCAGAUAGUCCUGAUGGCACUACUAACGGUGCGUUUCAUAACUCGAAAUUGCACGAAAAUGGUGAAUAUUUAAGUGUCUCUGCAGAUUAGAACUUUUCAUUUCAG